UUUAGCCCAGAUAAUACCCUGACCGAUAGAUCACGUUAAACACUUCAGUGUUCUUUCGUUUCUCUCACUGUCUAGUGUCUUUCUUUUUUCUUUCCUGCCCAGCAAAGUCCCUUUUUCUUGCCCUAAAAAGUGUUUUUCCUGUUGGAUUUUCUUUCUCAGGUUUCCCAGAGUGGGGCAAGUGUGGAUUUUCGAGAUGAAAAUCUCUUCAAUUCAAAAUGCUCUGCUCGCUUUUGUGAUCAUCUUCAUUCUGUGGGUGCCCAAUUUCGUCCUUUCGGAUGAUUCCAAAUGUCCCAAAAGUGACCAAUAUGAAUGUGACAAUGGCGAGUGUAUUGCCAAAAGGCUUCUUUGCGAUGGAACCCGAGAUUGCAAAGAUGGAAGUGACGAAGUUGAUUGCGAACGGAAGCAAUGCCUUCUGCCGACCUGGUUCCGCUGUAGCGAUGGUCAGUGCAUCAGUUCUGCCUUCCGCUGCGACGCUAAUGAAGAUUGCCCUCAUGGGGAUGAUGAGGAUUUCUGUGAUGAUUUUAAAGCUCAUCAUACCCCAACCAAUUGCACGGCGAAUGAAUGGAGAUGCACAGACAUGAUGUGUAUCCCGAAAGAGUUGGUUUGCAAUGGUCGAGAGGAUUGCUUCGAUGGAUCAGACGAACGAAUUGGCUGUGAAGGUAUUCAGACCAAGUGCAAAGGCUUCCUGUGUCGCAAUGGACAUUGCUUGGAGAGUAAACGCUGGGAGUGCGAUGGUGUCAAUGAUUGCGGAGAUGGAAGCGAUGAGGAGAACUGUGAAGGGCGGUGUACGUUAGAAUUUUUGCGAUUCCGAUGCAAGGACACUAGCGCUUGCCUUCCUUUGGAGAAAGUUUGCGAUAAUCGAACUGACUGCAAAGAUGCAUCGGAUGAGGGUGGACUCUGUCACAAUAGUACGCUCUGUGAUCACUUGAACUGCCCUAGGCGUUGUAAGGUUUUCCCAGAUGGUCCCAAAUGUCUCUGUCCCAAUGGUUACAAAUUCAAUUCGGAGACCAAUACAUGCGAUGACGUCAAUGAGUGUAAUAUCUAUGGGAUAUGCUCACAGGGAUGUGUUAAUACCCGAGGCUCUUACCGAUGCACCUGCGUCGAUGGCUUCCGGCUGAAAAGUGACAAUCGCACCUGCGUGGUUACUUCCGGGGAGCCUUUAAUGCUGUAUACAACACAACACUCCAUCCGAGGUCUUUUGCUAAAGUCUCAAACACAAACAAUGAUUGCCAUGAACCUAUCCCUUGUUAUCGGGGUCUCCUAUGAUGGGCGUUCGGUUUUCUGGACAGAUCUCAAUCUCAAAGGUGAAAGCAUAAUGCGAGCUAGAGAAGAUGGAAGCCGACGCGAAGUUCUCUUGAAUAUUGGUCUAGGCUCCCCAGAAGACAUAAGCGUUGACUGGCUGACUGGGAAUAUCUACUUUACGGAUGGUCAGAAGAUGUACAUCUCAGUUUGUUCCAAUUCCGGGCAUUACUGUGUCAAAUUGGUGGAGAACAAUAUCGAGAAACCCAGAGGGAUAGCUCUGUAUCCUCGUAUUGGGGUCAUGUACUGGACUGAUUGGGGUGCCAAGCCCCAGAUCGGCGUUGCUGCGAUGGAUGGAACUGGUGCUAGGGCUUUUGUGGACAAAGACAUACACUGGCCAAAUGGACUGACAAUCGACUGGCCUAAUGGUCGCAUCUACUGGGUUGAUGCGAAACUCAAUCGCAUAGAGAGUAUCAAGUUGAACGGAGAAGACCGUAGGGUCAUCCUCAGAGAUGUUGUGAAGCAUCCAUAUGGCAUUGCAGUGUUUGAAGAUCAGAUCUUCUGGUCCGAUUGGGAUACUAACUCAAUUCAAGCUUGCAAUAAGUUUACCGGAAAGGAUCAUUCGGUUGUCCUUCACAGCCGACACAUCUAUGACAUUCACAUUUACCAUUCGGCCAUUCAGCCCAGUGAACAUCAUCCUUGCUACGGUAACUCCUGUUCGCAUCUCUGUCUCUUGAGUACCAAUCAAACAUUCACCUGUGCCUGCCCAACUGGAAUGGUCUUAUCGAGAAAUCGAAAGACUUGCAUUGAUGCACUUGGGAAACACUAUCUUCUUCUUGGAGUUGGGAACUAUUUGGUAACGCUGGAACAUCAAGAGUUCGGCAGGCAUUCCAUUGGAGUAGGAGAUGACAUCAACGUGAUAAUUAGCGAAAUUGCCUUUAACUGCCUCACAGGAGAAGUAAUAGUCGCUAGCAAUAUUGAGAAGAAAAUCUAUACUGUAGACUUCCACACGAAAGAAACGAAAGAACUUAUAAAGAGUGGGAUAGGAAAUAUCUCAAGUUUAGCUUUUGAUUAUUUGAGCAAUAACCUCUACUGGACAGAUGUUGAAAGGGGCACUGUGGAAAUUUAUUCUUUUACAACAAAACACCGGGCUAUUGUCCAGCACUACAUGGGCAAUGAGAAGCCCGCAGCUGUGGCUGUAGUUCCGGAAAUUGGAACAAUGUUUAUUGCUCUGCAGGAUCUCAGAGGACAUACACACAUUGACAAGCAACUAUUGCAUGGUCGUGGUGCUCAUACUCAUGCCAUUGAAGAGGAAAUCGGUCUCAAUGGAACGAUCUCGUUGGCUGUUGACCCAGAUGUUGAGUCGCUGUUCUGGGCUGAUGAGAGUGGCAAUAGAAUUGAGUUUACCAAUUUUGAUACAGACAUUCGACAUGUCUUUAGAGUGGGUUUACGCAAUCCAGUGGCUGUUACGACAAUUGGGGAUGAUGUGUUCUGGACACAGGCGAAAUCCUCUAAGGUGUACUGGGCUAGUAAGAGCAAUGUUGAGGUUAUCCGACGAAUUCCGCUCGAGAAACCAAACUUUGGUAUAUUCCCGGAACGGAUGCCGUUGUCAAAGGCUUCAGCUACAAUGCAGACGUCCGAUCAUGUUUGUCUUAAAGGAAAUGGUGGAUGUUCUCACAUCUGUGUGUCCAUGGGAAGGUCAACUGGUGCUUGUGUUUGCCCUCCGGGAAUGGUUUUUAAGGAUUUCCACAAUACCACGUGCAUCGAUAACGUUGACUGCGAGUUCCGAUGCGGUAGCGGGGAGUGCGUAACGUCCUCUAGGGUAUGCAAUGGUCACAUUGACUGUGCUGAUGAAUCGGACGAGAAGAAGUGCCAGGAGAAGGAUUUCCGGAAGAAGGGUGUCAAGUGCGCGUUUGAUGAAUUUCGCUGUGCAGAUGGAAGCAAGUGUAUCUCGCAGGAAAACCGCUGCGAUCUCAACAGCGACUGCCCAGAUCGGUCAGAUGAGCUAGAUUGCGUCCACUAUGAACAUAGGUCGAAAUGCCACAGACUUCAGCAUGCCUGUCCCAAUGGGAUGUGUAUCGACAUUACAGCUCUUUGCGAUGGAGUUGAGGAUUGCAGUGAUGGAUCUGAUGAGGAUAAUUGCGCAGCUCGCGAGAAAGCCGAUGUUUGUACUGCAGCAAAGGGUGCCUUCAAGUGCACUUCCGGACAAUGCAUCGACGCAGCUUGGGAAUGCGAUGGCUUUACAGAUUGUGCUGAUGGUUCCGAUGAGCAUAGUCAUUGUCCAAUGGAGGAAUUAAAAUGCAAGGACGGUUUCCAGGAAUGUGCUUCUGGACACUGUAUUGAUUCUAGGCUUUUCUGCGACGGACACAACGACUGCGGAGACUCUUCGGACGAAAGGGACUGCAACGUUCCCGUACUUGACGUGUCGAAGUCCGAAUGUGGAGAUAACGUGGACACAUCAAAGAUCUUUCAGUGUGUCUCGGAUCCCAACAUCUGCCUCAAUCUGUCGUCUCGCUGCGAUGGCUUUGCAGACUGUCCACGUGGAGAGGAUGAAUUUGGUUGCAGUCGCUGCAAUGCCCGGGAGUUUGAAUGCAAGAACGGCAAAUGCAUCCGGCUCGAGUUUAUGUGCGACAAGGAUGACGACUGUGGAGAUGGAAGCGAUGAAGUCAAUUGCACCAGCAAAGCCUCAGCCCAUCCAUCCGGAUCUUCCAAGUUGCUCUGUCGCGAUGACAUGUACCAUUGUCGUGAUAAUGUUUGCGUCGAAUGGCGUUCUGUUUGCGACGGGAAGAUUGACUGUCCGACUGGGGAGGAUGAGUCUGCCAUCUGCAAAACGGCUUGCGAGAAGCAUCCUUGCGAUCACAAGUGUACAGCAUCUCCCAGCGGACCUGUAUGCUCCUGCCAUGUAGGCUACACUUUAGCCGGCAACAAGAAGGACUGCAUUGACGUGGACGAAUGUGAAGAAUACAAUCCCUGUGCUCAGAAGUGUACCAACAUAGAUGGUUCCUUCCGAUGUGCUUGUCAUCCGGGUUUCCUUUUGCGCUCCGACAAGACAACUUGCAAGGCAACUGGACCUAGCAAGUACAUGUUGUUCACCUCCUUCAACCAAAUCCGUAAACUUACGCCCUAUCCGUCGAGAAUGAGCAUUCAAUGGACGGUGAACACAACGAAGAUCACAGGAAUGGAUGUCAAUAUCCCCAAAGAUACCCUCUACAUCUCCCUUAGCGAAACUUCCGCCCUUAUUGAAAUCAAUCUUAGCAACAACUCCGUCAAGUACGUUCUAGAUGUUGGUGCCCCUGAACGUGUGGCAGUAGACUGGAUUACAGACAACGCCUACUUCAUCGACAACCAAGGAGUGUCCUCAGUAAAAGUUUGCCAUCUGGUUGACAAAGCUUGUGCCAGGGUGAUGAAAUUCAAACCAAAGGAUCAUUUAAAGGACAUUGCGGUUGACGCAAUCAACCGAGUCAUGUUUGUCGCUGUUACCCAUUCCUCUUUGUUUGGCAUUCCGGAGUCCAAAGUUUACCGGGCUAAUUUGGACGGAAGUCGCCUGGGGAAGAUUGUAGAAGAUGUCGUGCAAGUAUCUGCGCUGGCGGUGGAUACCAACAAGAAGCUCCUGUUUUACGCUGACUUUGUCUCCAACACUGUUCAAUCCUGUGCUUAUGAUGGAAGUGGAGUGAAAACCUUGGUGAGGAAUAAUGGGGCAGUUGCUCAACCUAUUGCUAUGACGCUCUUUGAGGACCAUCUGUAUGUCACGAACCUGGGCAGAACUACAGUUGCUCAGUGUCGUGUCUUCGGGGACCUGCACUGCAAGCUCGUUGAUGUAAAUGUUUUCAAUGCUGAGGAGAUUGUUAUUGUCCAACAGUCCAGACAGAAGAAUGUCACAAAUGUCUGUGCUGAGCAUCAAUGUUCUCAUAUCUGUAUUCAGGCUGAUUUAGGGGCCAAGUGUCUCUGCCAUGGAGGAUCCCAAGUGAAACCUGGCGAAUCAUGCGAGGGUGUCGAUGCAGAAGAUGCUCAACUUAUGAUGGGUCAUUUUGUGGAAGCACCUGACGAUGCUGAAGACAGCAAAUCAAAUCUCCCAGCACGAGUCACACUGAUUGUCUUGACGGUCCUCGGGCUUCUCAUCAUGGUCUCAUUCGUGGCUUACAAGAAGCGCUAUCAACUGAAGAAUCUCGACAUCAGCAUGUACUUCCAAAACUCAUCAAGAACCGCCAGUGAAGUCGACCCCAUGGUUAAAAUGUGCGGUGCACCAGCCGUUGUAUCCACGGAUACUCACAAUGAAAUAACACUGGAAGUUGGCGAUAAGAGACACUUUCAUGGCAUGACACCGACAGUUUUUGACGAUUCAUCCUCAUUCGACGAGAUAGACGACAAUCCAAAAGCCAAACUAAUCAAUUGAUUUUCACUGCUCUCGGGACAUAUCGAGAGAGCAUACUGAAUAAUCAUCAUCAUCCUACAUACAUCACACUCAUAUUUACUGUCAUUUCCCCCCAAAAUAUUUCCCCCUAAUGUUUUUACAUGUUAUCAAACUUCUGGUUAAUUGAGUUUAACACGGGUAGUACACAAAAAAAAUUACCAUAAAUUGUGUAAAAUAUUUGUUUACAUAUU